CUGCUGCAAGCACUCGACCAAAGACCAUUGAAGCAAGCUCGCGCCUAAUAAAUGCAUUCAAAGUUCCAGUAAAGAGUGGACGUAUUUCCAGUAUGUCUGAAGAAUCAACAUCUGGCCGUUCGCACUCCGAGGAUCUAUCUAGUAACAAUUAUCGCUUGGAAGAGGUGCUGAAGACUUGUGCGAACAUCCAGUCAAUGGAAUCGCUCACUGUUAACGACUACAAUGAUGUUUACAUCGCUACACCUGCAGAAGAAGGAGAGAAGAUGAUCUCGUCCAGUACUCGCUACUCCUUCAGCGGAUUCAUAUCGACGCACAGCAGCUGCGGCAGCGACGACCUCUUAACGGACAUUGUUCUCGAGGAUGACAAUCGCAUUUCGCUGGCCUAUGAAAAUCUUUGCACAAUUCCACGGCGAUUGGCCGACAAAUUUGCUGCGCAGACCAAAUUCCUCGAUCUGAGCUACAAUAAAUUCCAGAAUCUGCAGUUUCUUGCGUUUUUCGAGGAACUCGAUACGCUUAUUUUGGAUCGCAACAGCAAUUUGGAUGUGAACACUUUUCCUUACCUGGCCAACCUGAAGAUUCUCUGGAUAAACAAUUGCGAUAUCUGCAACAUAACCGACUGGAUUCAUCGCAUUGAGCGGCAAUGUCCUUCGCUGGAACAGCUCUCCUGCAUGGGCAAUCCGGGAAUUCAGACAGUCUUCAAGGGUCAAGGCAAAUCCACAUCCGCCUCCUAUUUCCGGGAAUAUAUACUCCAGGUGCUACCCAAUCUGAAGUUCCUCGACGGGGUGUCGCGCUAUGCGUUCAGCAAUGGAGACGUCGACAGUCGGACAGUCUCAAAGCCAGUUGCUAAUUCCUCAUGCACUUCCAUGACUGGACAAGGUCCUGAAUCAACCAGCACAUCCGAUCGACAAAUUUGUGACAGACCAUUGGCAUCACCCACGCUCAGUUUCAGGGAGUUCUUUCGACUGAAGCCGUUGAAAAAAGCCCAAAGCAAAGCUGGAUGUCAUCAUGAGAAUGGAUCCUCUACAAACUAAAAAGAAAACAAUUGUAUAUAUCAUGUGUGCUGCAGUUCCAGUAAGAUUUUGUUCUCUUUGACUGUUAUUUUUAGUCUGUCUUUAACACAUAUAUAUUUGUAUAUAUAUAUUUAUAUAUAUAUAUAUGACUAUCAGCUCUGUUUGCUUGCCGAUGACCAAUGGGCAAUCUGCAUCAGAGCACUGCACUUGAUUACCCUACCCUACCACCAUCCCUACAAACAGCCGUUUAUAAUCUAUUUGUGUUCAUAUAGUUGCGUGCAAAAUAAUAACACCACUCCUACAUUAUUUCUUACGAAUGAAACGAUUUUCUCAAUUACUGAUUUUUAUAAACGAAAGUACUGUGUAUAUAUAUCUUUUUUCAUUUCAAAGGAAAAGUGCCAAAAAGUAGCGAAAAAAUAAUAGCAUCACCUGGGCACUUUAUAGAAAUCGUAUAUUUAUUUAUAAAUUCAAAGUUUUAAAAUCUUAAUUUUUCAUUAAAUUAACUUUUUAAUAUUAACUUUAAUUAAAUUAAAUAAGUUUAAAACGGUAAAUAAAAUUGUGUUUAUUUUUCUUUCUCAUUUUUUUUAAGAGACUUCCACUUCUAAAAACGUAUUCACAAGUUAUUUAAACUUACAAAUUUAAAAACGAAACAUUUGAAAACAUUUAUUGUGAGAGUGGUGCUAUUCAUAUAUUCGUCGCUGUAUGUGGAGAAUGAGAAAUGUAUUUGUACAAAACAAUGCAAAUUGAAAUAGAUUAAAAGUCAUCAGCUUUGUGUAUAAUAAUGCAUAUCAUCUUUCUGCUCAUUCGACCAACAAACAAAUUUAUAUGCUAAUAUAAAUAGCAAAAUAGGUGUGAAGACUAUAACUUGAGAAUCUUCCAAUCAAAAAUGAUGAAAGUAAGAUAAUUCGUUAGACUACCAAAAUACAAGAAUUUCGGUUAAAUUAACUAAAAAAGCUGUCUUAAUGAAACAAGGCAAAGUUUUCUCCCAUCUUCACAUUUGCUGUUCUAACCAAAUGAAUUUGACUGGAUUUCCUGCUAACUAAUUUCGUUGACUCAAAAUUAUCAGAUUUAGCCAAUAACACCAUACAAUUAUGGGUUGCUAAUGAUGAUAUCUUAAAUAAACCGGUUUCUCAUACCUUAUAACACUUGUAAAGAAGUUCUGAAAUCGUCCAAUUGUUAUGGCUCUACAAUUUUAAAUUUUGAUUUGAUAUUAGAGAUGUUACACACAAGUCAGUCCUGUAAUAUUAUUUGAAAGCUCAGUUAAGCCUUCAUUAUAAUGAACAAUACAAACAAAUAAAUGAAUAAAUU